AAGGGAUGCUGGGAUAUGUUAUGAUCGGCAUGUGUUUCCGUCAGAAUGUAGUUUUGAUAAUUGUUAGCUGAAAUUUCCGAAGGAUUUGACAUCUAUGCACACAAUCCAAAAGGGGAACAUGGUUUCUAAUGCCCUAGAUUUGUUGAAGAAGUUUUAUGCACUCCAGGAAGAAAGAGUCCAAACAUACCAACUAUUUGAUGAAGGAUUUCAAGCAUAUUUAGCUGGUGCACCAGAGUACAAUUUUCCAAUGUAUAGGCAGCUUGUACAUGAAAUCACUGAAACUUUUAAGAACAUUUCUGAAGAAAUAAUCGGGAUUGAAAAGAAAUUGCGACAAGACCAUGGUUUACCAGCUGUUGGAAAUUAUAUUGUUAAAAUUCAGGAUGACGAAAAACUGAAAUUGGAGUUGACUGCCAAGCUACAGAUAGAUACUCAGAAUGUUGUGGAUUUUCCGGAAGAUGAUAGUUACAAGGAAGGAAUGCAGUCAACCAAACAAAGCUUGCGGCAGGUGAUAGACAGAAUAAACGACCACUUAGAAGAACUGAAAUACGAGACAGAAGAUCUUUAUACGUAGGAUUGAAAAUACUUUGACAUAUCAAUUGGACAAGUAACAAGCUGUGAUUGGUUCAGUGAUGUAUAUCGUCUAGAGGACAUUCUAUGACACACCGCAUAAAUGGUCACUGUAGACUUAAAGCCCCCGCCCCCUCUACAACUUGCUCUCAGACAUUUUAUCUGGCCUGAUGAUGACAAAUUGUCAAAAGUGAGUCCUAAUGUAAAGCAACCUCAAAAUAAACUAAUAUCUUGACAUAAUACAUGGAGGUAAAGUUUGAAAAUGCACUAAUUAUUGAUGCAGCUUCUAAAUAUUUGUGUAACUGUUGUAGAUCACCAGACUAUUUGAACCAUCAUACACUUUUUUGAAUAACCGAGUAGAAAUGCUUUGAAUGUCAGUUUUGAAUAUUAUGGAACAAAAUUCUAUAUGGACACAAUAUGUACUAAGUGGAAUAGGCAAAUUUGGUGAAAAUUUCUAGUUUUAACCUUUUUUUUUUUUUUGCUUUAUUCAUUCCUUUUUUUUAAAGGACACAUAGUGAGAGUGAAUGCCCUUUUAUGUAUGUAAAUUAUAAGAAUCAGUUUCUUCCUACACAUUGGGCAUUUUGUCAUACCUCCAGAAAAUCGAUACUUGAACAUAUGUAAUUUUCAUUGUGCUAAGUUUAGCCCUCUCCAGUUUCU